AAAUGGACCACUCCACACCUGAGCUGCCGCCAAGCUAACUCAAUCGGAGCCGGCGCAUUUGAGAAGGCGCCUGUGAGGGUCGCUCCUCAGCCGCCGCGCUCCCACUCCGCGCCGCCGCGACUCUGCCCGCCCCGAAGGUGGACGUGAAGCUCCAACACCUCGACUUCUGGGCCAGCCUCCAUGGCCAGGUCCCGGGACUGCUGGACUGGGACAUGGGGAACGAGCUCUUUCUGGCCUUCACCACAUCUCACCUCUCCUUAGCCGAGCAGAAACUUGCCAGGUAUAAACUCCGAAUUGUUAAGCCACCAAAAUUACCCCUCGAGAAAAAACCCAACCCUGAUAAGGAUGGUCCAGAUUAUGAACCCAACCUCUGGAUGUGGGUAAACCCCAACAUCGUGUAUCCCCCUGGAAAGCUGGAGGUCUCAGGACCUAGGAAGAGGGAGGAUCUGACAAGCACACUCCCCUUAUCUCAGCCACCACAGAAGGAGGAAGAUGCCAGCUGCUCAGAAGCCACAGGGGUGGAAUCACUGUCCCGGUCCUCCAGCAAGUGGUCUCCCCCUCGGAAGCGCUUUGCCUUUUCCCCCAGCACUUGGGAGCUCACAGAAGAGGAGGAGGCUGAGGACCAGGAAGACAGCUCCUCUGUGGCUCUCCCAUCCCCUCACAAAAGGGCCCCCCUCCAGAGUCGGAGGCUUCGGCAAGCCAGCAGCCAGGCGGGGAGGCUCUGGUCCCGGCCCCCUCUCAAUUACUUCCACCUAAUUGCCCUGGCAUUAAGAAACAGUUCCCCCUGUGGCCUCAACGUGCAACAGAUCUACAGUUUCACUCGAAAACACUUCCCCUUUUUCCGGACAGCCCCAGAAGGCUGGAAGAAUACUGUCCGUCACAAUCUCUGUUUUCGAGACAGCUUUGAGAAAGUGCCUGUCAGCAUGCAGGCCGGGGCCAGCACACGGCCUCGAUCUUGCCUCUGGAAGUUGACGGAGGAGGGACACCGCCGCUUUGCGGAGGAGGCUCGCGCCUUGGCUUCCACUCGGCUGGAAAGUAUCCAGCAGUGCAUGAGCCAGCCAGAUGUGAUGCCCUUCCUCUUUGAUCUUUAACCCCAAGAAGCAGGAGCCAGCUAAUGCUUUAUUAAAUUUACCCUCA